AUGGCAAGUGGAACCGGAUUUUCGGAUAUUCCGCUCAAUGAAACGGAUGUUGUAGAUCCGUUGGACGUGAAGACUCCAAUUGACCAAAGUUCUCAUCAAAAGGAGGCCAAAAUGCUUCCCGCAAUACCCGGAUCAGACAGUCUGGUCCUCGGAUCAGCUACUACAUUUUCCGAAGAGGAAGAGAAAGACUCUCCUGAAAUGAACAAAUCAGAAGAAAAUAAAAUCCCUUCAAAACAACCGAAACAACGUAAAUCGGUAGGUUUUGCUCCUGAGCCGGAGGAAGAUCUACAGGAACAUCAUCGGUACCUUGAAAUGAGAAAGAGGGAGAAGCUCAAGGACAAUCCGUUUUGGAAAUUGCCUUCGGAACUCGCAUAUUUAGAUCGCAAAGAUGGCCAGCAUGCUGUCGAUACGUUGCCGGCAGUAAAGACUAGUAAGACACUCAAACUUAAGGAUAUUCCAGACCGUCCGACCCGGGCCAUCAAAGAGAUAUCUACUGUGAACAAAAGCACGGCAAUCAAUUUUCAUUAUUCUGAGUUCAAGUUUCCCUUGCCUGCCAAUCGGAUGAUGGUUGACAUUCAGUAUGCAUCUGUGUCCACUUUGGAUAUGACUAAGCUCAGUUCAUACACUUACAACAUAUCGGACGAGAAGGUUGGCUUGGGCUACAACUUUGUUGGUGUAGUUUCGAAGAUCGGUUCGGAUUACAAAGGAUCCCAAUUUCUGGUGGGAACAAGAGUGUUUGGCUGCACAGACCCAGCCCAGAAAAAAGGUGCAUUACAGACGUGCAUAGUCUUGAGCCCCUCCGACUCUGUUAUACCCAUAAACGAUGAUGAUUUCUUGAAGGUCGAGAGUUUGGAUGUUCGUCUUUCUCUCAAACCAUCAUCGUUUUUUGCAAUUGAAGACGGUUCUCAGGAGACCGAGGAGCCACAGAAGCCGAAAGAGCCAGUGAAGCAGUCAAAGUUGAAAUUGCCUCCAAAAGAGUCUUAUGAAAUCGAAGACGUGCUUACGCCGAUGGCAAAAUUCGCGACUUUUGGUGCCCUUUACUGUAGAGCGAAACAGUCAAUCUCUGCUGUGGAAGAUGUUCUCAGGGCCAGAAAUACUGCGAACGUCCUCAUAAAUGGAGCUGACACUUGCUUGGGAUAUACGAUUGCACAAAUUCUUGCUUCUAGCCUCUACAGCAAUUUUCUCUACAAUUUAAAUGUUUACCUAGUUGUCAAGCAUCAGAGCAUUCCUCAAAUGGAAGCACUUCUCAGUCUCCUAGGGAAAUCAGAUACUCGCCGAUUUGAAAUAAUCCCAUUUGAUCAGCCCAACAAGGAUCUUUAUCUUAAGGGUGAGACUGUACCAAUUAAAUACAGGGAAUACAACCUGUUUUGCUUAGAGUUAUUUGAAGCGGUGCUUGCAGGCAAGAACCCGCUUAAGAUUCCAUCAAAGGAGGAUCCUAGACUUGACUUAUUCGUUGAUAUAAUUGGCAGCAAGAAAAUGUUCCAAGCACCAGUCCGAAUGGAGAAGCUUUUGGUUUCACGUGCCAAGCAGAAGGGACUCAGUCAUCUUUUUGGAGAGAAUCCGGAACCAUUAUUCUUGAAAUUAAUGCAACCAAAAUCCAGUGGCUGUAUGUAUGUGUCGUAUCGUGACUUCGACACCCCAGAGCCUACAUACCUGGUUGACGUGCUGGGCACCUCGAACAAGUCAGUAUUUAGUCCUUGGUCCAUGGGCUGGACGCUGGCCAUUGCCAAUCUGUUUGUUAAUGGCUACACAUACAGUGAAAAGCUUGAACUAGAGAUUAGGAAGGAAUGGCUUGAAGAAGGUCUUCAAGUAUUCAAAGCAGGCGAGCUUCUCAUGAAGGUCGAUAAGGUAGUUGAUUGGAGAAACAAUUUCAGAAGAGACAUCCAAAACAUUCAAAACUAUGAUGCAGAAAUCGUGUUUAAAGUCGAACCAUUUUAA